CUUUCACGGACGACCGAUCCCCCCCGACUGACGUCGUCGUCAUUUAGCCAUUAAUCCAUUUUUUCGCAUUUUCCCCCCACAGGGAAUCCGAUGAUUGCGAACUUCCUGAAAUCCACCUCGAUCGACAAGGAGCCCGAGCAACCAUCCUCAUCACAUUUUCACACCAUAUCUCAGCCAGACUCGUCCCAACCGACUUCGAACAACUUCCUCGCACCAACCACGUGGAAACUCCUUUUGCAUGAUCUUGAACGCCAAGUGGCGCACUCUGACGUGCUCUUGCCCAAAACCCAUCUCCAACCCCGAGAUGAAGGGGCCUUUCUGUUUUGGGAACACAGCGACUGGUUCCAAAGCGUGUCCAGAUCUUGCGUUGAUGCCGCCGCUGACCCAUUCACUGUUCACGGUCUCUUUUGCAGUGCUGUCAUCGACUUUGGCAUGAGCAUAAUGAUCGCCGCCAAAACCGUUCAGGACUCGGCCAUUUGUGCUGUGAUGGGGCAAGUGAGUGGAGAUGAAUUGCUUUGUUUGUCGUGGAUGGUUUUCCGAACGGCUUUUCCAGGGGUCCUACCGGACUUUUUCGAUGCCGACCUACCUUACUCGAAACAGAGAAACAUUCCGAAAUAAAUGGCAAUUAUCUGUAUGCUAUCUUGCUCUCGUCUGUGGCUAUUUUGAUUUAUAGCGCGCCCCUCCAAGCCAAUUUCCAAAAUCUAAUUUCCUACCUGUAGCGACCAUCUUUUUCGGUCAGUUGUGUUCAAUCCUUCCGUUCAAAAUGUUUUCAUUGCUCCUCCUGACCCUGGUUUCACAUUGGAGUCAUUGGACCGUUGGUGCUCAGCCCACCCCCAAGGGUUGUACCCGAGACUUUUUGGCGUCCAAUCCGUUCUUCCGGAGCUUUCCAGAGCGUUAUCAUUUUCAAGGGGUGUCUUUCCUCAUGGAAUACGCUCGAUUCAUGAAUAGAAUGGCCCCAAUCAUGCUGAAGGACUUUGUCAAGGAGAAGAAAAUAUUUGCGGCUCAAGAGACCAUGGCGCAAAUUCAGCAAGGUCGAGAUCUGGGUUUCAACACCACUGGCGACUUCUCGGCCACCUUGACCGGCUCUCUGGUUAACUCAACAUCCGAACUGAUGGGAAUCGCUGACCACAUCAUUGGGAUCGUUAACCCGCUAGGAAUCAAGAAACAAGAGACGGUGUCUCCCGAGUUUUGGGAAUCCGCUUGCCAGACUGAGUGGUGGCCUUUCGAUGACGACGUCUGUCUAGAGGCCCGAUGCACGGCCUGCACCCCGGCCGUGGCCUUGGCUGAGGCCGUUUGUCGCCUCAUGGACAAGCCCAAAUCUCAUCGAUGCAUGCAAAUGGCCAUGGGCGAAGGUUACUGCAACUAUUGCAUUGUGGAGUUUAUGGAGAAAUGACUUUCUUUCCGCCUCCCCAUGUGGCGUGGUUCCAGAAAAAAUGUCAUUUUAUUUUUUUUUCGUCUCGCUGUUGAUUAUAUACAUAUCUAACAAAAUACAGGCACUCGAUUCACUCGAUUCAUGAAGUCAAAGA